UUCGAUCGAUAAGAAUUAUAUUGCAAAUGGUGACAAAUUUCAGUAGAGACAUGCAUACAAUAGAAAAAUGCGAAAAUAUGAAGAGUUGCAGUAAAUCAGUUGAACGAAAUAUGGACAGUAGCGGGCAAGCUUACAAUCAAAUGCAACCAGCAGUAUCAGUCCGCAACGCUUUCAAACAGUAUGGCAGCAAGUCGAAACCGAAUCCAGUUCUUCUUAAUCUCAAUAUGACAGUAGCUAAAGGGACUAUAUAUGGGCUUCUCGGUGCAUCAGGUUGCGGAAAAACUACUUUGUUAUCCUGUAUAGUUAACAGAAGAAAAUUGGACUCAGGUAAAAUAUGGAUUCUUGGUGGAGAGUCAGGUACAAAAGAUGUUGGUGCUCCUGGAAAGCGAGUCGGUUAUAUGCCUCAAGAACUAGCAUUGUACGGUGAAUUUACUAUCAAAGAAACGAUGCUGUACUUCGGCUGGAUAUUCGGAAUGAAAACGAACAAAAUUUACGAGCGUCUGCAGUUUCUCUUAGAUUUUCUAGAUUUACCAUCGCAAAAUCGUUUCAUAAAAAAUCUAAGCGGCGGUCAGCAGCGACGUGUUUCUUUUGCAGUAGCAUUGCUUCAUGAUCCCGACUUACUUAUAUUAGAUGAACCGACCGUUGGGGUUGAUCCGUUGCUGCGCCAGAAUAUUUGGAAUCAUCUUAGUCAUCUCAGCAAAACUGCCCAGAAAACCAUUAUUAUUACCACGCAUUACAUUGAAGAGGCUCGACAAGCUCACAUGAUUGGAUUGAUGAGAUCCGGAAGAUUUCUAGCUGAAGAAUCGCCACAGACACUGAUGGCGAUGUAUAGCUGUACUAAUUUAGAAAGUAUUUUUUUGAAGUUGUCACGGAAACAGGGCACUUCCAACGAAGUUUCAGAAUUGAACAUUAGCAGCUCGUCAGGUUUCAGGAACAAGCUGGAUGCACCAGUUUAUAUCAGUCAAGACAGUGGUGUCAUAGGUUUAAAUUUUUACCAAAGCAAAGAAGUGCUGAUAACCAGCAGCAAUAAUAAUCAGUCUUCAUUUGGUCUUAAUGGCUCAAUUUCCGCAUUGGUUCCAAAUUUAAGGGACAUUCAAUUUGACGAUUUUUCCGAGGAAAAAAGCAUGAACAAAGUUACGUUCAGGAGGAAACAACGUGCCUUGUUGAAAAAAAAUUUCUUGCGAAUAUGGCGCAAUCUCCCUAUACUGUUGUUCUGUUUUCUCGCACCCAUUGUACAGAUAGUGAUUUUCUGCUUAGCAAUUGGACGUGAUCCACAUGGAUUAACGUUGGCAAUUGCAAAUAUGGAAGUGAAUGGAACGGAAUGUAACUUCGAACCAGGAUGUCAUUUCCAAAGACUCUCUUGUCGAUACUUGAGCCUUUUGAAUCCAAGUUAUCUACGACAGUAUCAUAACGAUUCGGAGUCUGCUAUUGAGGCUGUUAAAACCGGUCAAGCAUGGGCCGCAAUUUAUUUUAAUGCAAAUUUCUCAGUUGCGAUGGUUGGUCGAAUGCUUCUGGGGCGAACCGCUAGUGAUGAAGUAUUGGAUCAAUCCGAAAUCCAGAUGUGGUUUGACUUGUCUAAUCAACAAAUAUCAUCUUUAAUGAAUCGUGACAUACAAAUGACCUACUUAGACUUCUCUCAAGGCCUUUUAAAAGACUGUGAUAACAAUCCGAAGUUGGGCAAUGUACCAAUUCGAACUAAUGAGCCAAUUUAUGGUAGCAGCACGUCAACGUUCACUGAUUUUGCUGUUCCUGGCAUUGUACUAACCAUUAUAUUCUUUUUGGCGGUUGCGUUAACAGCAACCACGUUGAUCGUAGAAAGAGCUGAGGGCCUCUGGGAUCGAUCUUGGGUGGCUGGUGUGUCGUCCAGUGAAAUUCUAUUUUCACAAGUAAUCACUCAAUUUGUUGCUAUGUGUGGCCAGACGGCUUUGGUGUUGAUUUUCGUGCUGGUAGUGUUCAGAAUAUCAUGCAUUGGAAGUACAUUCCUGGCCAUCGGUAUAACUUUGUUGCAAGGCAUGAAUGGCAUGUGCUUCGGAUUUCUUAUAUCGGCAAUUUGUGAAACAGAACACAGUGCAUUUCCACUAGCAAUAGGCUCGUUUUAUCCAAUAAUGUUACUUAGCGGUGUGGUUUGGCCCAUAGAAGGAAUGCCGUUAAUAUUGAGGUACAUAUCAUAUUUCUUACCGUUAACCCAAGCCACCACAGCUUUCAGGAGUGUUCUUGCAAGGGGAUGGGGGCUGUGCGAACCGGAAGUAUAUUUAGGUUACAUUUCAACAGUAUCGUGGAUCAUAUUGUUCUUGGUGAUUACAUUAGUGGUUCUCAAAUAUAAACGUAUGUGAUUACAUAUAAAUGAAGCAAAUUUUUGGCUGUUCAAUUAUUAAUAGCUGUGACGCCUCACGUAAUGUAGUUUUUUUAGUAAUUGGGAAAUUGGGAAGUAAUAAAAGAAAAAUAA